CUCAUGGCUCACUAAACACCUCCAUCUCUAACUCCCCUCCAGACCGGAACAAGUCCAGGUCACCUAUCGUUCGUCGCAGGUCCAUACAGCCGCCUAACAUCUCCUACGCCUACGAGCAUUUCUCGGCCUUAAGGAGCACCCACGAGGUGCCGUCACCGUCGCCAACGCCAAUGCAGUCGCUUUUUCUACCAGGCUGCAAUGGCGCCGACGGCUGCACUUUUGCCGCAGAUAAUGGCUACGAUUGCCCGGAGUGCACACAGCAAUGCGAGGACGGUUCUUGUACCGUAAUAGGACUCACCUCCCAGUGCACCGACCAAUGCGUCGUUGUCCCUUGCAGCGACACUCAUGACGAGGCACCAUCAUGCGAGCAGCUCGCUGUCCCCUUGCCCUGCGGUAAACAGUGUCCUACAGAGCAAUGUCCAGUGGAGUUUGACUGCAAUGUCUUCGACCAAUUCCUACAAUGCUGCAACGACUACCAUUUCGACCACGCAGAAAUGAGAGACUACUCCCCGCAAGCCGGUGGCACAGAAUACUCAUUUAUGAUGGACCACACCAUCGAUUUCAAUUUCACCGGAAACUUGCAGCCUCAGAUGUCCCAGUCGCAAGACCCAUUGGCGUUCCCUUCACUUGAUUCUGCGACGUCGACCCCACAGCUGGUACCGAGUCCAGCGUUCGAGCCAUCACCGUCACCCUUCGCUCAGCCACAAUCACACAACGCGGUCCCCUCACCGAGUAUCCCUCCCUUGCCCUCCCCGGGCCCACAAAACUUACAGCUGCAAUGCAAGUGGAGUGGAUGCUUUGCUACGUUCGGCUCCUUGUCCGAUCUUGUCGGUCACGUCAAUCUACAACACCUCCGGCUACCUGCACCCACGGCGCUCCUCGACUCGUCAUACACGACGCCCUCAGCAUCCGGUAGCAAGCACGGGACCCAAUUACAGCAACCUGGGCCGGAUUCUAUGGCGUGCCUUUGGGGCGACUGCCGAGUCUACCCCAAUACCCAGUCCGUUCCAGGACCGUCAUCUGGGGACCCGUUCGAUCUCAUGGGCAUGCUCGCAAGUCAUCUUCUCCGUGACCACCUCGGCCUAUCUAUCCGAGCACUUCCUAUCUCGGGUGCCUCCCAUCACGGCGGCCCCUUCUACUCUUAUUGUCCUUCGGACCCGCAUGCGCCGGUCCUCACACCCUCAUCGUCGUCCUCUCUUUCGACGUUGAACGAGUCCAUCCCGCAAAGUGGCCCUCCCACACCCGUUCCUGAGCACGACUGUUCUAAUCAUGCUUCACACGUGUGCCUCUGGACCCGAUGUGGCAAGACCUUCGCUGCCUGCGACGCCCUCACAGAGCACAUCGCUUCUACUCACAUCGGUAGUGGUCGCGCGCAUUACGACUGCUUUUGGGAAGGUUGCAAUCGGAACGGCGAUAAUGGGUUUGCGAGUAAGCAGAAGAUCUCACGGCACAUGCAGAGCCAUACUGGGCAUCGACCGUUCCAGUGCAAGGUAUGCGGGCAGAGCUUUUCUGAGGCUGCGACGUUGGCACAGCACAUGCGGAGGCAUACUCAGGAGAAGCCGUACGCCUGUGACUUUCCUUGUUGCGGCAAAGCAUUCGCAAUCGCCGGCGCCUUGACCAUACACAAACGGACACAUAACGGGAGCAAGCCAUUCAAGUGCGCAUACUGUGACAGAGCUUUCUCUGAAUCGUCUAAUCUGUCGAAGCAUCUGCGAACCCAUACUGGAGCUCGACCGUAUCCGUGCACCGAACCUGGCUGUAAUAAGUCCUUCGCAAGGCCCGACCAGCUCGCGCGGCAUGCGAAUGUGCACAAGCGGAAGGCUGCCGAGAAUGGAGGCGCAAGCGCGGCGGCUUCGGACUAGUCUCCUGCUCAUUCCCUCCUCAGCACGACUUCCUGAGAUAUAUCGCACAGUCGCAUUUGUGGUUUUCGCGUUCCGCGGUGUCAUAUUGCUAUUCGCAUGAGUUUGUCCGGUCAUGGGCGCUUCCUGCAGUCCGACAUCCUCUGUAUACUUUGCAAGCCAAUAGCCUCGUGUAUUAUACCACAUUACAAGUAGAAUGUUACUACUAGC